AUAUUCAGAAUUUUUGAAAUCAAGUGGAAACUUAUUAAUUUCAACCUGUCUGAGUGUGUGGAAGGAAUUCAAAAUAUUCGUAAUUUAUUAAUUCAUUUAAAUUUAAUCAUAUUCUUGUGUAAUUCAUAAUAUGACGACGCGGGGCAUACGACGCAAGAAGUCCACUUUGACCGAAUUAAAAAUUGCCGUUGUCGGAGCACCGAGUGUGGGGAAAAGUGCUUUAAUUGUGCGUUUCAUUACAAAACGCUAUAUCGGCGAAUACGAUCAUCAGACAGAAAAUCGAUACAAGCAUGAAGCUAUGAUUGAUGGAGAACCAGUACUCUUUGAAAUAUUGGACACAUGCCCCAAAGCCGACGACGAACUUCCCAAUGCCGCGGAAAUAGUGCAGUGGGCCGAUGGGUUGCUGCUUGUUUAUUCCAUAACAGACCGCAAUUCGUUCAACUACAUACGGCGCGCCAAAUCGGACCUACAAACAGAUACGCCAGUGCAACUUGUUGCCAAUAAAGUGGAUAUGGUGCACUUGAGGCAAGUGAGUCGUGACGAGGGCGAGAUACUUGCAAAGGAUUUCGAAUGUAAAUUUAGUGAGGUUUCCGCCGCUGACCAUGUUGAUCAAGUGGCAGAUGCUUUCUUUGAACUGUGUAAAGAAGUGAUGGCAUCGAAACGUAAAUCAAAACAAAGUCUACUGGAGCGUAUGCUGGGUAGUACUCGUCCCUAUAGUCGAGGAAAAAGUGAUAGCAACCUACCGAAAGACUGAAAGAAAAAGCCAAUCUAUAAGUUUAGUGCAAAGUUGACAAAUGGGAGAGAAGCCAAUUUAAAUUAUUGCCAAUAUAUUUAGUUUUAAAAAGUACGAGUAUCUAAAUAAAUUUAAAUU